AUGGCUAUGUUCGACAUUCUGGCUCAAAGCUUCCCUCCAAAGACAAAAUUUACCGCUGAAGACGUGCCUGAUCUCUCGGGGAAAGUCAUCGUAGUUACUGGCGGGAACUCGGGCGUCGGAAAGGAGACCGUUCGCGUAUUGUUGAACCACGGUGCCAAGGUCUACAUGGCCUCGCGCAGUCAAGAAAAAGCGGAAUCCGCUAUCGUGGACCUAAAGCAACUUACUGGGAAAGAAGCGAUAUUCCUCAAACUCGAUCUCGGUGACUUGAAGUCCGUCAAAGUUGCCGCUGAAGAGUUGCAAAGUAAGGAACCCCAACUCCACGUCCUCUUUAACAAUGGCGGUGUCAUGAUGCCGCCGGUCGAGGACCGAACUAUUGACGGAUAUGACUUGCAGUUCGGCACGAACGUGUUGGGCCCAUUUUAUUUCACCAAACUCGUCCUUCCCGCUUUGUUAGCCGGCGCUCAAUCCAUUCAUGGCGCUCGUGUGGUCAACACAUCCAGCGGUAUGCACCUGAUGAAUCAACUCCACUUCAAGGACAUACUCGAUGAGAACAAACGCAAGAAGGCAGGCACUCAAGCGUUGUACUCUCAGUAA